AUGGCAACCUCUUGUAUCAUUUCUUUGGCUCUAGUUUUCUUCUUUCAUCCUCUUAUCAUUCUCUCCACUGCCCAGCCCAGCUUCGUUUAUUACAAUUGUUCACUUGGCAAAGAAACCUACAUAAAGCCAAGUGCCUAUUACGCCAACCUCAAUGCUCUUCUUUCUAAUUUCACUCUCGACACAGUAAUUGACUAUGGCUUCUACAGUUCUUCCUUCGGCCAAAGCCCUGAUAAAGUUCACGCACAAGGGCUUUGCCGAGGUGAUGAGGAGCCAUUUUCUUGCCGGAAAUGCCUCAACGAUGCCAAAACCCUUCUUCCAAAGCUGUGUCCAUAUCAGAAGGAUGCUUUUGGAUACUAUGACUUCUGCACUUUUCAAUACUCAAGUCGUUCCUUGUUGGGGAUAUAUCGGUUUCCUGAUUUUUCGCACAAUUUUAACAAUCCACAAGAUGCAGAAGACGCAGAACAUUACACAAUUGCGCUUAAUGAUCUGAUGCGAAGUCUGAAAAGCAAAGCUGCUUCUGGAGACUCUACUUUUAAGUUCCAUGCGGGAUACAAAAUAAUAGGUGAUGAGUCUGAGACUACUGUGUAUGGUCUUGCUCAGUGUUCGCCGGAUUUGUCUAGAAGAGAUUGUGACGCUUGCUUAGGGAACGCUAUCUCAAAAAUCCCAGAUUGUUGUGAGAACAAGAUUGGUCGUAGGGUUAUAAAAUUCAGUUGCAAUCUUCGAUUUGAGAGGGUCCACUUCUAUGAUGAUUAA